AAACUGGGAACGCACGUCGGAGUUGUAUGAAGUUUUAGCGGAGGAAAACGUGUUUUAAAUUUCCUUCAGUAAUGGCUUCAGUACAAAGUAUGAGAGCGUUUGUGUGUGACAGACUCACCGCGGCUGCGCAGGAAAUAUUGGGAGCAUUUGAGAAGAGGAUAGAAAACUACGAGGUAGAAAUCGCUCGUCAACGCAGACUUUUGGACGCCCUGUUGUCACCUGAGAUAAAGUUACAUCGGACAGGGCUCCCGCCAGAUCCUCCCCCGAUUAAAGAGGAACAUGUGGAAAUGUGCAUCAGUCAGAAACGACAGCAGCUUCCACAGCAACAAGAGACUGAAGCUUCUAAGUUGACUCCAGCAGGUGAGGGAAGCGUUCACAGUGACCAGUCUCAACCUUUGGACACUGACCAGACUGUGAGUGCAGCGAGUAAAGAUCCUCAAUCCAGCAACUCAGACAAAGACGUAUCACCUAAGUCUGAAAGGGAGAGUGCUGCAGUAUCAGCAUCAAGCACUGACCACCAACCUGCUUCUCAAAACUCGUGUGUUACAUCUGAGAGCCAAGAUCAGUUAACUUGUAACCGUGGAGGUACAACACCAGCUAGACUUCUAGAGUCAACACCAAAUGAGAAAAGCAAUGACGAGGACGCGACAUCAGCCACAGUUACUGAGCAAACGUCCGAUAAGAGAAGCAAUGAUGGGGACACAUCAGCUACAAGUACUGGGGAGGAAUCAAGUAAGACGUGUGCUGAUGAGAACACAGUAUCGACCAGUAAUCCAGAGCAAACACAAAGUAAGAAACAGAACAAUGAGAACUUAACAUCAAGUGGAAAUAGUGACCCUACGCUAACUGAGAAACAAAAUCACGAGAACACGACGUCAAUCAGAAUCACUGAGACAACACCAGCAAACAUUGGUGAUGGGAGCACAAAAUCAAACAGAGUUUCAGAGCCAACACCAAAUAAGAAACCACAUAGUGGAAAAACAACAUCAGCUGCAAGUACCGAGCCAACACCACAUGGGAAAGGUAACAGUGAGAACACAAUGCCAAAUGAGAAACCAACACCUAAUAAGAAAAGCAAAGAUGGGAGACCAACCUCACCUGGAAGUGUUGAGCCAACACCAAAUAAAUGCUACGAUGAGACCCCAACAUCAGCUCCAGGCGCAGAGGUGACACCAAAUGAGAAAUGUAAUGAUGACGAACCAACAUCAAAAGUAAAUAGUGACCCAACACCAAAUAAGAAAAGCAAAGAUGGGAGACCAUCCUCACCUGUAAGUGCUGAGCCAACACCAAAUACAGAAUGUACCAAUGAGAAGACAAUAUCAACUACAAGUGCGGAAACAGCGCCACAUAAGCAAUGUAACAACAAGGACACAUCAAAUGCAGAUGCUGAGCCAACAUCAAAUAAGAAACGUAGCGAUGGCAAUAAAACAUCAACCAAAAGUACUGAGCUGAAGGAGAAUAAGAAACAUCAUGGUGACGGCACGACAUCAACUAAAAGUACAGAACCAACACCAAAUGAAAAAUGUAAUGAUGAUCAACCAACAUCAACAGGAAAUAGUGAGCCAACACCAAACGAGAGAAACAGAGAUCGGGGACCAACCUCUCCUGGAAGCGUUCAGACAACAGCAAGUAAGAAAUCGGCCAAUGAGAAGACAGCGUCAGCUAAAACUGCUGAUCCAACAGCAAAUAGGAAACCCAGCGAUGGGAAAGCAACAUCGUCUUCAAGUACGAAACCAGCAUCAACUAAGAAACACAGUGCUGGGAAAACAACUUCUGCUGGGAGUAUCGAGCCAACGCCAAAUAAGAAUAGCACCAGUGAGGAGACAACAUCAGCUAAACAGAAACCCAACGAUGGGAAAAUAACAUCUACUACAAGCACUAAGCCAGCACCAAAUAAGAAACAAAUUGAUGAGCAUGCAACAUCAAGCAGAAGCAAUGUGUUGACACCAAAUAAAAAAGCUAAUAAUAAGGAUACAUCUGCUAGAAGCAAGGAGUCAACAUCACGGAAGAGUCAAAAUGACGAGAGCACAACAUCCCCUACAAGCACUGAACCAACACCAAAUAGGAAUUCUGACAGUGAGAAGACAGCAUCCUCUAAAAGCAAUAAGCCAAAACCAAAUAAGAAAGUUAACGAUGAGAAAGUAACAUCAACCACAAGUACUAAGCCGACACCAAAUAAGAAACGUAAGGAGGGGAGCACAAAGUCAAAUGAAAGCACUGACCCAACACCAAGAAAGAGACGCAAGGAUGACAGGACAUCAUCAACCAGAAGUUCAGAGGAAACACAGCACGAGAAGCGUCACGAUGAGGGCACAUCAUCAAAUGAAACACCAAAUAAAAAACAUGGGAACAAAUCAGGCGGUAGCACCAAGGACGAUGAUAACCCUUACAAGUGUGACAGGUGCGGCAAAGUGAUGAGUAAUUUCAAAAACUACAAAUUUCAUAUGAAAUCCCACACAGUUGAGAAGACUUUCGAAUGUGACACUUGUGGUAAAAUGUUCAGAGAGAGUUGGGAUUUAAAUAAACAUCUAGUAAUUCACUCUGUUGAGAAGCCUUUCAAAUGCAAGGUCUGCGGAAACGGUUUCAACCGGCGUUAUAACCUCGACCUGCAUGUCCGCGUUCACACCGGGGAAAAGCCGUUCAAAUGCGACACCUGUGACAAAAGCUUCAGCUCGCUCGUGAAUAUGAAGAAGCACAUGAGAAUCCACACAGGCGAGAAGCCAUACAGCUGCGGCGAGUGCGGGAAGGAGUUUGCGGACUCCUCGUCGUUCAAAAAUCAUCAGCGGGUGCAUUCGGGGGAAAAGCCCUUUAAGUGCUCCCAGUGCAAGAGGAAAUUUGCCACCAGGACGACUUUGACAAGGCACAUCAUAACACACACGGGUGAAAAGCCAUACAAGUGCGAUGUGUGUGACAAGGUGUUUGGUCAUAGAACAGAACUGAAAGCACACAUGAGGUUACAUACCGGGGAGAAGCCUUACGAAUGCAGUACGUGUGGAGAAAAGUUCUCCACAUGGAACAAACUCCAAGUUCACAUGAGAAUCCACACUGGCGAAAGGCCUUUUAAAUGCAGCUACUGUGAGAGGACCUUCAUCCAGAAAUCUACCUUGAAGCGACACACAAAAACUCACACUGGAGAGAAGCCCUUCCAAUGCGACUCCUGUGGGAAGACGUUUGCCCAGAUGAGAGCGGUUACCAAACACAUGAGAACUCACACAGGUGAGAAGCCUUACGUUUGUCAAACCUGUGGGAAAAAAUUCAGCUGCGGUGCUAAUCUGAAGAAGCACACGAGGGUUCACACCGGCGAGAAACCCUACAUAUGCAGCGAGUGCGGGAAGGACUUUGCAGAUUCCUCUGCAUUUAAAAAUCACACUCGCGUGCACACAGGGGAGAAACCUUAUAAAUGCCCUCGAUGCAAGAAAAGGUUCACGCUCAGCACAACUUUGACAAAGCACAUAAGAACCCACACGGGUGAAAAGCCAUACAAGUGUGACACUUGUGGAAACUGUUUUUCUCAAAGAACAGACUUGAAAAUACACAUCAGGAUCCAUACAGGGGAGAGACCAUACAAAUGCAGCGUCUGUGGAAAAGGCUUCGUAAACAGCACAAAGCGGAAUAAUCACAUGAUUGUUCACAGGGAUGUAGCAUCCAGCAGCAGCAUUUCUAAGAUGUAACUGUGCCAACAUGAAAAAGUUUAUUUAAAGUUUGGAAAAAGUUUUCUCUGUGUGGUCUUGUUUCUAAGCAUGACCGCAUCUGAACCACACAAGUCUGAUAAAGACACUCAAGCAAUGACUGGGAAGUGAUGACAUUGCAUCCUUUGUGGAAAUGUAAAUACCAACUCUGAGACACAUCUGUUGUUGGACCCAGAGUCAGCUGCUGACUUGGGUGUGGAUAGAUUACUGAGGGGGCCUACUGGGAACAGGACCAGAGACAAAGACAUGAAAAAACAACCACAAAGAGACACAAAAAGACCAUAAAGAGACACAAAAUGACCACAAAGAGAUGACAAAUGACCACAAAGAGAUGAAAAAGACCACAAA